UGCAGCUGUAGAACUCUUUGAGGAUCUGAGGGCCCAUGCCAAAUAUUUUCAGCCUCCUGAGGGGAAAGAGGCGUUGUCAUGCCCUCUUCACAACUGUGUUGGUGUGUUGGACCAUGAUAGAUCCUUAGUGAUGUGGACACCGAGGAACUUGAAGCUCUCGACCCUCUCCACUACAGCCCUGUCGAUGUGAAUGGGGGCGGGCUCGGCCCUUCGUUUCCUGCAGUCCACGGUCAGCUCCUGUGUCUUGCUGACGAGGGAGAAGUUGUUGUCCUGGCAGCACACUGCCAGGUCUCUGACCUCACUAUAGGCUGUCUUAUCAGUGUGUGUGUGUGUGUGUGUGUGUGUGUGUGUGUGUGUGUGUGUGUGUGUGUGUGUGUGUGUGUGUGUGUGUAGACGUACAUGGGUUUCCUGUGUGUAGUUGGGUGUGUCUGCUCUUCUGCAUGCCUACCGAGAAACAGGAAAGCAACCCCUAUUGAUCUCAUAAUUCUAAUGUAUGAGUCAGUGAUACAGUUUGUCACAUAGACCACAAGGAAAUGUCAAACAAGUUUAAAUAGAAAACACUGACACGGAGCACUGAGAAGAACUGAGGAGUACUAGGAAACUGAGAAUCUGACUUCAUUCAACUUGACCUUUAUUUAUACAGGUUAUACUCAUCCAGAUAUAAUAUCUUUGGCAAGACCGACCUGUUUAUAAUCAAAUAUUUUGUUGAGGAAAGAAAAUGAAGACAAACAUUUCCUGUGGAAUCAUUAACAUGGACUUUACUCACACGUUCUUACCUACAGUGUAUAUGUCCGUAUUUAUUGUCGGCCUUGUUGGUAACUGCUGGGGACUAAAAUCCUUGUUUGCGAACUGGAAGAAAUUCGGAAAUAUCAACAUUUUUGUUCUGAACCUUGGAGUUGCAGAUAUUCUGUAUUUGCUCACUCUUCCAUUUCUGUUUGCGUACUACUCAGCAGGCAGUCACUGGGCCUUUGGACAACUCUUCUGCAAGAUGACAAGAUUCUGCUUCAAUUUGAACUUGUAUGGCAGUAUUGGUUUCCUCACAUGUAUUAGUGUAUACAGGUACCUGAGCAUUGUCCACCCACUGAGAGUGAUGGGCAGGAUAACAAGGGGCCACUCUGUAGUCAUCACAGCUGUAGUUUGGGGUUUAGUCUGCAUUGAGAUUAUUCCUGAUAUGUUCUUUGACAAAACAUUACUCAACUCUUCUUCAGGGAUAGUCAAAUGCGUUGACACCACCUUCAACUUCUCUACCAAGGAAUACCUGGACUACAGUAUUGCGUGGACAGUAUCUGGAUUUUUCAUCCCUCUGCUCAUCAUAUUGGGUUGCUAUGGACACGUGGCUGUGGUCCUCUUUAACAACCCCAACAUUGACCAAGUGAUGAAGCAGAGAUGCCUAAAACUGGUGAUCAUUGUGACUUUACUCUUCUCAGUUUGCUACAUACCGUAUCACAUAUUCAGAAAUCUAAACCUGAAGACUAGGAUUUUGAAAAGCAAAGGCACGUGUGAGGAUUGGUUUGCUGGCAUCUACAUUGCUCACCAAGUCAGCCGAUCACUCGUGUGUCUAAACAGUGCCAUCAACCCAUUGGUUUACAUCCACAGCAAUGAAAACCUGCUCGUACAUAUCACCAGGCUUUGGGAACGAGCUCGUCGGUCUGUGCCUCUGCUAUUCAACCAUCGCAUCCAGACACAAACCCCACCGUUAUGA